AUGUCUGACUCGCCGAGUAUCGGCAUCACGCCAUCGCCUUCUCUGCCCAACAUUGCUGACGGCAGCUCUGUGCAUCGCUGCAGUAUCAAAGAGGCUGUCCAGGCCGUUAUGUAUGGUAUACGCCAUAACCAAGCAGAGGUGGCGGCAUGUGUUGCCGCGAACCCUGACUUUGUGCCACUGAUUCACAGCGUUCUUCCAACUGCAGCAGAACCCGGCAACCCCACACCAUCAGCACAACCCGCGGAAGAUGCUAUUGAUGAGUCCAGCAGCAGCGACGAGCCCCCUAACGUUGGUUCCGAAAAACCAGCCGCGACAGGCAAAAAGCCCGACAACGCCUAUAGACGCGCUAUAGCCGUGGCAAAUAAACUUCCCCUGGAGUUAGGCUCUGUGAAUAUCUUGACCGAAUUACAGCAUGAUUUGCAGCGUGAAAGGGCCCGAGCCGAUCAUGAUGCACAGCAACGACAGCAUGCAAAGCCAGAACUGCGGUCGCAGAGCGAAGAGGAGGCUGCCAAUCCUUCCAAGAAUGUGGUAGACAAUUACCACAACCUACAACCCAGCCCACGUUUCGAGACGGCCGCUGAAAGGUACUGGUGUAUAAUAAUCGCACAACGCUAUCGUGCUGCCAAGCACAGCAAAGAAAAGCACACAUGUUCAGUCGCCGAAAGUUUUGCUAGAAAGUAUUUACCGGACAAGGUUAAGCAGGGCCUGUCGAGAAGGAAAUUGCAGGAUAAAUGGAAAACCAUCAUGCACCAACAGAUUUUCUGGGAGCAGCUGGCGACCCGUUGUGGGGGUGCCGGCGUGCUGCUCCUGCUGUCCGCAGAAUUCCAGAAUGAGCACGCACGACGACUGAAAAUCGAGGAUAGGGCUGCACUGUUCGCGAGUAUCGCAGCGAGACACCCAAACUUGAAACACGAUAUUACAGCCCUCACGGAAAUCUUAACAUACUUUUUCUAUAACAAAACCCCGCCAGAGUGGAAGAUAACGUUACCUUUGGAGAAUUUGCCUGAAGCAGAUAUCGCCACCAAAGGACUGCGGGAACUGCUCGAUUGCGUCGAUAUCACUUCCCAGAUUGCGGUCGAUGGUGGAAACACAGCAACGCUUCCUGCCUAG